UCUGUACGCGAACGCGUACUGCAUUAAACAGGCAGCAAAUUUUUAGCAGACUUCUUUUCUAUUAUAGCACACACAUAUUUUUAUAAUGUUGAUAUAGCAAGCAGAUGAGUCACACCGAAGAUAUUAUUACGGAGCUCCUGUAUCUGUAGGCGUACUGGAUAAGCAUUGUAUUAAAUUAAUUAAGGAUGAAUUAUCAGCACGGAGCUUAUCGGUGUCGCGUUGCUAUAUUACCAAGGAAUGGUGCACAUUGGAAUAAAUUAUGCUACCAAUGUUGUGACCGCAGUCAGAUUAUUAAUUUUAGCCAGCCUUGUGCAUUAAUGAGGAAGGUUGGAAAUGACAAAAUGCACAAUGCAAUAACUCAGCCGUGCUGGAUGUACAACGCAUUGACUUCGGAAUAUUCCAGCUCGUCCAUGUUGACCUCUUCAUCGCCGGUAUAAUCACCCCUCUAAAUUAAGCGGUCCUCUAACAUCACCAUCAGUACACUCCUUGUUUUAAGAUAGGAGGACUAGUACAGCGGCAAUAUGGAAAACACUCCACCUCCUGUUCCCCCUCGUCCUACUCGAGACUCAAAUAAGCGGGGAUCUGAGUCCCCGUAUUGUCCGUUGACAACAUACUCGGGCAGUCCAUCGAACAGAACGAAUCAUAGUGAUGGAUGCCAGCUAGAAACGAUCCAUCAGUCAGAGAACGUUUGUGCAAGUGCAUCUGGUGCAGCAGAAAGUAGUGCUCCCAAUGUGACAAGGCCGACACUUUUAUCGAGACCGUCGCAUUCGAGACCGCACACAGUGCAUGGCUUGUUGGUCGGGCAAUCUGAUAUCGGCGCUACUGAUGCUUCCAUAAAUGCUCCAUCCGGUGCGAAUAACGUAAAGCACAAACAGAAAGGGCCUUCUGUACCGCCACGUCCGGCGUCUCUGCAUCCGACAUCAGAAUCGUCCCCAACAACUCUUUUUACUACGAUAACCAGCCGAUCGGAAACAGCUAUGUCCAAUGCCAUUUUGUCACCCACCGGGGAGGACUCCGAUUCCGAUGUGGAGGACAAUAAUGACGAGAUAAGCAGCAAUACAAAACAGCAGCUUCCUUCCGGAAGUCUGACGAAUAUGGUCAGCACAGUGAAGAUGAGCAAAUACGAAGCGCGCCUUUCCACAUUCGCCGCAUGGCCUCUGGACCAUCCGCAGGAUCCUAAAACCUUUGCCAAAUAUGGAAUGUUUUACACGGGUCAUGCAGACAAAACGCAGUGCUAUUCUUGUGGCAUUGUCAUCUGGGGUUGGAAGUCAUACAAAGGUUUGCCGAAAGCGCCUCUGAUAGCGCAUAAAAAGUUUUAUCGCAACUGUGGAUUCCUAAAGAGUCGCUCAUGGGCCGAUGCGGCAUCCAAGCUGAACCUAACCGGAACAAUGAUGGAGUGGGAAAAGGCGGACGCGCCAUUCAUGCUGUUGCAGCAGACACGGCUGGAUAGCUUCCUGUCCGAUUCCAACUUACUGUCAUAUCUGCAGUCGUCGGACCAAGCCAAGUGCUUUGCCGAGGCAGGAUUCUAUCGCAAUGCACCGCCCAAUGCGGCAGAUACUUCUGUCAUUCGUAAUCCCGUUAUCAAAUGCUUUUACUGCGGAUUGCAUCUGUUACACGGCGAUUUCACGAAAGAUCCCUGGAUUCUACAUGCGCAGAUGGCCCCAAACUGCACCUAUGUCAAACGCAAAAAAGGUCCUUUAUAUGUCCGGAAAAUUCAGAAAAAGCUAGAAAUGGACCGUCUGCUGGAAUAUGGUGCAGUGUCCAGCAAUACCAGCACCGAAACGGAUGGGGGUUCGACUGCGUCGGCCUUACCAGGCCCAUCAGUGAUAAAGAAGUUCGUCGCUCGAAAGGUCCUCCCACGCCUUAAUCAACUGUACAAAACCCAGUCGGCGCCCAGUGCUGUGUUGAUUGACACAUCCGACGAUCUGCCAAGCGUUCGUACAGUCAGAGCCAGUGUUCCACUAGCAAGUAAUUCGAUUCCGCCACCAGAUGCAGCGCUCCAACACGCGCAACCGGAAGUUGGAAUCCGCACUGAACCCGUUGCAGGGACAAGUAAUCUAGUACCUGUCCGUUCUGCGCCGGUAAUACCGACUGUCAGUAGCAGUACUUCAAGAGUAACGGAGCAUGAUAGUAAUCAUGACUCUCAUGUGGAGGAUUUCCAAACCGCUAAAAGACAUGCAAUUACCGGCGUAUUGAAAAUGGGUUUCGCUACGCAACAGGUCGAGGAUGCGCUUGCGGAAUGGGACAGAACUGCUUCGCAUCAGCAUCUGACCGUUGAGCGAUUGGUGCAAAUCAUUUGUGAAUCUGAAGAAAGAGAACUGCCGCUGACAAUUGACCGGAGUGAGCGUCCUAGGACAGUUAACGAUGCAACAGAGCAGAUGCACAUGAUCUCCAUAUCCCCAGCUGAUCCUACCUACAACACCCAUACUGGUGACCUUUUAAAUUUUGACCCAGAUCCAGUGCCAACUGUAGCUUCUGUUAGCAAGCCAAAGAAAAGGACGGAAAAAAACGUUAACCAACGACAGAUUAGUGGGGAUCGAGUGUGCAUUAUCUGCAUGGAAGAACAGUCGAAUUAUGCGUUCGUUCCUUGUGGCCACGUGCAAACCUGUCUGCAGUGUUCAGUUAUUUUAGAAAGAUGUCCUUUGUGUCGGCAUGAAAUCAAGGAUCGAAUACGCAUUUAUCUGUGAUUUUUUUGUUGUAAACAACACGCGGCUGUUUGUUUGGUAACUAGAAGUAUUCCAGUAGCUUGAAAAUUGUUGGAAUUUUGACAUUAAAACCCGAAUUUUCGUGGUGCAUUAAAUUCUAAUUUGACGCCUCAAACUGUAUUUA